AUGUUAUUCUUACGCCAUUUUGCCAUUGGCAGCAUGCUGGCCAUCGCCGCCGUGGCUACGCCUCUUCUCGAGUCGAGACAAAACGUCGCCCCCGGCCCGGUCAAGGGCGACACUUUCAUUCACGACCCGACGGUUGUCAAGACCCCCGGCGGUACCUACCUGGCCGCAUUCACCGCGGACAACGUGGGCCUCAAGACGUCUACCGACCGCACCAACUGGAAGGACGCCGGCUCUGCAUUCCCGAACGGAGCGCCAUGGACUACCAAGUACACCAAGGGUGAAAAGAACCUCUGGGCCCCAGACCUCUCGUACCACGACGGCAAAUACUUCCUUUACUACUCCGCCUCGAGCUUCGGUUCUAGCCGCUCUGCCAUCUUCCUUGCUACGAGCACUACGGGUGCAUCCGGCUCGUGGACCAACCAGGGUCUGGUCAUUGAGUCCACCGACAACAGCGGCUACAACGCCAUCGACCCUAACCUGAUCAUCGAUGCCCAAGGCAAAUGGUGGAUGUCUUUCGGUUCGUUCUGGUCCGGCAUCAAGAUGGUGGAGCUGAGCAGCAAGACCGGCAAGCCCGCCAACAACAAGAUCAUCUCCAUUGCCACCCGCCCUGACAAUGCCGAAAACGCCAUCGAAGCGCCCUUCAUCACCCGCCACGGCAACUACUACUACCUUUGGGUCUCGUUCGACCGAUGCUGCAAGGGCGCCGAUAGCACCUACCGCAUUAUGGUCGGUCGCUCCACCAGCGUCACGGGCCCCUACGUCGACAAGAGCGGCAAGUCGAUGAUGCAGGGUGGUGGCACUCGUGUCAUGUCAAGCCACGGCGCCGUCCACGGCCCUGGCCACAAUGCUGUGUUCACCGACAAUGAUGCCGACGUAUUGGUCUACCACUACUACAACAACGCUGGUACUGCGCAGCUCGGUAUCAACCUCAUCCGUUACAGCAGUGGUUGGCCUGUUGUCUACUAA